CCCCUGGCGGUCAGCAGCAGAACCUCCCUAGCAGCAGCAGGGUCGAGUCACUUCGCCGUUCUCCCUCACUGUGGAGGGAUGUGACCCCGGAACAGGACGCCCUCCUACGAAAACACACCAUUCAAACACUGCUCGCAAGAAAGAAAACCUGGACCAGGAGGGAGCCACUGGAGCAGAGGGGAUGAACCGCGAGGAGGCCCCGGGGAAGUCUCCUGAAGACAUGUACAUCCAACAGAAAGUGCGGGUCCUUCUCAUGCUCAAGAAAAUGGGAUCAAAUCUAACGCCAAGUGAAGAGGCUUUUCUCCGAAAUUACGCCGGUGUGGUCCACAGUCAGAUGAGCCAACUACCACAGCACAACAUAGACCAAGGUGCAGAGGACGUGGUCAUGGCCUUCUCACGGUCAGAGACGGAAGACCGGCGACAGUGACCCCGGAGCACCCAUCCCACGACGACCCACUCCACACCGUCUCAAGCAGCACCAGGUCCGCUACUGCCCAAAACUCACAAGCACAAACGCUGUCGAGCCCAGGUGUCAACGGAGGAACAACCAGCAGGUCACCACCUGGUCUAAAUCAAACAAGCAGACCUGAGUCGCGCUCCAGUGGGUCGCUGUGGGAUGACCAAUCCAUAUCAAAGCUGUCGGUGAAAACACCCACGAGUCGAGUGAAUGAAAAUCAACUGUAGUUUCUUUUUAAUUUGGGAGUUUGGGGAGGGAGGGCGGGGUUGUUUUGUAUUCUUUAGGCAGUGUUACAUGUUGAAUCAGCUGCUGACUGGUCCAGCAGCAGUCGUGGAUUUUAAUCACCGUCAUGUUGGCUGAGUUUUACGUGCAAGUUGUGUUCUGUCAUUCGAGAGGCCUCUUUUAUAAACAUAUCCUUGCUUCUGAACUUUCACAGGGAACCUUAGAGAACCGUGUGUAGAACACAGGUCACGACGUCGUAUCACACUGCUUCUGCUUCAAGACAGUGAAAAAGUUUUUCUGUAUCAGGGACUGAACUGGCAAGUCGAUCUUACUGUUAGCACCGUCCGGGGUAGCUUCAAAUAUUUUUGGGAAUCUUCAUGCACCAAAGUCCCAUUUUUUUGAACAUCAGAUUUUUUUCUUUCCCUUGAAAGUUGUUGUAAAUUUGCACUUGUGAGUUUUUAUAAAGGAGGCCUCUUGUUUCAUCUGCUGCUUCGUGUUCUAACCUCGCCCCAUCGCUGGUCUGUUUUUUGUCGGAACCGUUCGGAACACUACAUUGAGGACGUGCACAAUCACAUUUUUGUUUGAAAAAAAGGAAAAUGAUCAAAAGAAUGGUGCCAAGUGGAUCUGUGUUUUUUUUUUUUUAACUGUGGGGUAAUAUUUCCACAUUGAAUUGAUGAAAUUGAAGUUAUUUAUUGUUUACUAAACCCCUAGAGAUGCUAGCAAGGUAUGAGUGACGGAAAUAAGACUAAACUAAAUCAGUGUGGUGGUGUUUCUCCGGCUCUGUGAACCAUCAGGAUAAUAGAACUUCCUCAACUUCAUGUAUCUCAAGCAUUAUUACUUUUUCAGUCAAAAUAUUUAAGGUAGUUUUGCAUUAUGGUGUUCAUCUAAUAUUUUUUUGUAUGUGACAGAAAAAAAGAAAUAUUUUUGUUGCAUCUGAAUGUUUCCAAACAUCACCACGCCACAAAUCCUGCGACAAAGAAAAGUCUUGUUUAUUUGAGAACAUUAUUUGUCUAUGCAUUUUUUUCAAUAUUUUUCUUAAUGUUUUUGUUUAAUAUUGUGUGUUUGAGGAAGUGCUCGGAUGUGAGUGUGUGAGAUCAUCAUUUUUACUCAGCAUGUUGUUGUUGAGUGGGGAAAAAGAGAUUUUUCGUAUUUUUACUGUGAUGACCUGAUUUGUUUUUUUUUAUUUAGAGUUUCUGUGGGGGUUUGAAUUUGUAUUUUAUUUUCCUCUCAGUGAUGGUUGGUUUUGUUUUGUAUGGCUGCAGUUCAUGACUUCACCUACAGCUUCCAAACAUUUACCAACUGAAAUAUGAAAUAAAUUUUAA